UGCCCGUUCGCACACCUUCCUCUCCGCACACGCAGUCCGGGACUGGUGCGGUGAUUUGGCUGCAGACUUCGGGCAGGACGCGCCUCGGAGGCCACCUGAGGGGUGUCGGUUGGCUUUUUAGGGGGGGCCGCAGCAAAAAGAGAAGAAAGAAUGGAAAGUUUCAGUGAAAAGUGUAUGAAGAGGCGUUGAUUUACAUUUUUCUAUCCACUGGAGCGGAGGCACGCCUCGCCUGUGCUGAGGGCGCAUACCUGUACAGACCUGCCCGGAGCCCGUUAGACAGAGAGGACUCAAGAGGGGGAGUCCAGACCGAGGAGACACACCUUGUCUUCUCUUGCGUCUACGGCGCCCCCCACCCCGACCCCACCCUCUCUCUCUCCCUCUCUCUUCUCUCUGAAAGCGAAGGAAUAACCGAUCUGAACACUGAAAUGUCGUCAAAUCAGAGAGCAACCCGGGCGCUGAGGGAGAUCCAGCAAAACCCUGGAAAUGACACUUGCGCAGACUGCGGCGCCCCCGAUCCCGGGUGGGGCUCCUGCUCCCUGGGGGUGUUCAUCUGUCUGGCCUGCUCUGGGAUCCACCGCAACAUCCCCGACAUCAGCAAGGUCAAAUCCCUGAGCCUUUCCCACUGGGAGGACCACGAGGUGCAGUUCAUGGCUGAGAAUGGAAAUGAGAUGAUGAAAAGUAAAUAUGAGGCUGCUGUUCCAGUCUACUACUACAAACCGACCCACAAAGACUGCCAGUGUCUGAGGAGCAAGUGGAUCAGAGCAAGUAGAGCAAGGAAGUUCUCUGACCUGGGAAGAACUCUUACAUAUGAGGAAGGGUCUAGAGAUGGCUUGUUGAUGAAGAGGGGGCGGGACAACGGGCAGUUCCUCAGCAGGCGAUUCGUCCUCUCAGAGAGGGAGGGGACUCUGAAGUAUUUCACCAAAUAUGACGCUAAGGAGCCCAAAGCAGUACUCAAGGUGGACACCAUGAACGCAACCUUCCAGCCCGAGAAGAUAGGAAACCCCAACGGCCUGCAGAUCACCUACCUCAAAGACUACAGCACCCGCAACAUCUUCGUCUACCAUGACAACGGCAAGGAGGUCGUAGACUGGUUUAAUUCAAUUCGUGCAGUUCAGCUUCACUAUCUAAAGGUGGCCUUUCCUGGGGCAACGGAUGCUGAGCUGAUACCCAAACUCACACGGAACUUUCUGAAGGAAGGGUACAUGGAAAAGACGGGUCCCAGGCAAACAGAAGGCUUCAAGAAACGCUGGUUCACUCUGGACCACAGACGACUCAUGUACUUCAAAGAUCCGCUGGACGCCUUUGCCAAAGGUGAGGUGUUCUUGGGGAAUAAGGACCACGGUUACAACGCCUUCGCCGGCUUACCUGCUGGCACCCACUGCAACGGCGCCUGGCAACACGGUAUCACCAUACAAACACCUGACCGCUGCUUCCUGUUCACUUGCGAGACAGAGAGCGACCAGCAGGAUUGGCUGAAACACUUCAGCGAUGUCCUGAGUGCUCAGAUGUCCCCUCAGGAGUACACAAUGGAAGCCUUGUUCAAGCACAGGCAUUGAUGGACCAGAGACCUGUGGGACCAUAUCCUCUUCUCUCAGCCCAUUACCGAUCUGACACAGGACCCAUCAGCAUCAGUUCUGACUCCUUUAGUGAUUUAGGCAAAUUGUAGCAAAAUCUGCAUCACUAAUAUGGUCAGCCUGGAGCUUGUUGCUACUGCCAAAUGCAGCAAUGGAGUUAAAAUGUAAACAAUAGGACCAAGGUAAUAUUCAUCAGUAAAUAAAAAACAAGAAAUCUGCCAAAACAAAUAAUAACACUUCAGUGUACAGUGGCAAUAAAUAUGAUUUAUGUUAGAUUUUGUUUUGGUGACAGUUUUUGCAUUAGUUGUUGUGGUAUAUUUGCACUGCAGAGCGAUCACUUGUCAGUCAAACAGUCUGGGGAUUACUGUAACAUAUUUCUUUAGUGGAUUUUGAAAUUCUAGACGGCGCUCCUUUCUUGGCUGGUUUAGACAUGGUCCCUAUUGGCCAUGCUAACUAACUAUGAAUUCACUUUCUGUGUGCCAGUGGAUUGUUUUUUUUUAUUAUUAUUAUUA